AUGGUCACAUCUGCGGUUUUCUUUUGUUUUGGAGGCUGGGUUAGUAUUUUGGGGGAAUUGAUUGCAGAAUCAAUUGCACACAUACCAUUGAAGUUGAGUAGAUUAAUCUUGAAUUUCGCAGCUUCGCGAAUUUAUCGCGGCUCGAUUUUCAUCUACUUUCUUUCUUCGACUCACUCAUGGAUGGCACUCCUUGGUUCAAGACAUCGCCACGCCACCGUUCUGCUAUAUAGAUCGAUUCUUCGUGGCGCUUCUCGCUUGAAGAAGACUUCCCUUCCUGAGUUCAUAUCCAAUGGAGAAAUUGAGCAUGAAUUGCAAAAAAUGAAAAUCGAUCCAAAAUUGUACUUGCAAUAUUUGAGCCUGGAAGUGAAGUAUACUGCUCAGGACGAGUUUCGUGCUCGCGAGCGCAAGGCUUCCGCUUCCAGUUUGCGCAACAAGAUAGAAAGUGCUUCGGUUAUCAGUGAACAAUUGAAGCUGGUGAAUCAGUCCAAUGGAGACAAAAAAGCAUGGAAAACCUUCUUGGAACUUUUGAUUGCACAUAGAAAGAAAGCUUUCCGCGAACAGGAGUGGAGGGUAGAGAACAUAGAAAGGAGAGAUGAGCUUAGGGCGGCGGAUCCAGCAUUUACAUCCCGAUGGAUGCGGAAGAGAAGAGCUCGGGAAUCUGCUCGCAUAUCAGCUCGAAAAGCAAGGGAAAAGAAAGAAAACAGUAACAAACCAAAACUUCUGAAAGACGACAGGUAUUCUUCACACUUGUUACGACGAUAUCUCAAAACACUUCAGCUUCGAAAAGAUAUUCCACUUCCACACCUUUUACCAUAUACACCCAUUGACCACCAGUAUACUACAAAUACUCCCUCAGCAUCGAUAAUAAUUCCAGGUUCUACCAAAAAAAGCGCCAUUACCGCUGCGUAUGACUCUGAAUAUAUUGAAAGCAUAGUUAUACCUGGCUUGGAGUACGAUAUUAACCAGCACCAUUACUUGGAAGAUCUUCGUAAAAUCGUCGAAGAAAGAGGUCCGUUCAAAGUCAAGAUCAAUUAUACCGGUGCUGGACUCAUGUCAAUGCCAUAUAUUCGAAUGCCGUAUCGCCGUCUGACGGCUAUGAAAAAUAUUGCCAUGGAUAUCAAGAAGCUGAUGUUGGCACUGCGGAUCAACAGUAUUUGGAAAAUAGCCGACUCGAAGUUGCCGACGCUGGAGGUGAAGCUCAAGGAUGGGAGCUAUGCUGUCAAAGGCUGCAAUGGGUUUGGCGAGGAAGAAAGGAUGUUUCCUAGAGAUUACUAUUUCAAUCUUGCAAUUUGGGAAGAUUUCUAUGAGCAUUCAUUAGCGGAGAAAAUCAGAAAACAAACCAAAAACGACUCAGAGCACGAACAAGAACAACGACCCGAAGAUAAGAUUUUGUGGACCACUUUUAUAGAGGAUACAAAUGUCGCUCUUCGGGAAGAAGUCAAUUCAUUCUUUCAAAAGUACCGGUACUUGAAGUCGAAAUCCUCGCCUCUUCUAAGAAUCCAACAAGUGCUCCAGAAAAAGCAGCUCAAGCACUAUGAUAGCCAGGUUCAAAAUUUCGCAGCCAUUAUUGAGCUGCUCAACAGAGACAGGGUUUUCAAGCACCUGGAACUUGUAAACUCAAGAGAGGUCAAAACCGCCUACAAAGAUUACAACGGUCAAGACGGGGUUCCACACAUUGAAAGGGUUGGUAUGGGCAUGCAAUUGGCUGAUUAUCUCCAAGAAAAAGGAUACCGGUUUUUCAAGUGGGGCAUGAAGUUCGACAAGCGGUUCAAAUUUUAG